AUGGCAAGUUCACCGCAGAUACAUCCAUAUAAGAAGCAUUUAAUGCAAUCACAGCAUAUAAAUUUUGAUAACAGGGGCCGACAGUUCCAAAACGGUUCUCUGAAGGCAGGUCAAGAUUUUUCAGACAAUAAAGAAAAUAGGGGAAACAAGGAUAACGAAGAGUUCAGUACUGCAGCUCUUCCAAAGCGGUCGGCAAACCAACUUCUCCUCAAUGAGCAUUUUAGAGCUGCGUCUGUACCCUUACUGCCAAAUGGUAAAGACAGUAGUCAAGAAGGAGCUGAUUUCGAUCCAGUUCCACCCCCACAGCUUCGUCUUCAUAAUUCGAAUAGUAAUUCUUUAAGUUCCCUGGGAAGUACUCCGACUAAUUCUCCGUCACUAGGAGCAUUAAGACAGACAAAUUCGAGUACAUCUCUAACGAAGGAGCAGAUAAAGAAAAGAACUCGUUCUGUAGAUUUGUCGCACAUGUACCUGUUGAAUGGUAGCAGUGAUACCCAACUAACCGCUACCAAUGAAUCUGUAGCGGAUUUGUCUCAUCAAAUGAUCAGUCGAUAUUUAGGUGGUAAAAAAAAUACCUCCCUAGUUCCAAGGCUAAAAACAAUAGAAAUGUAUAGACAAAACGUCAAAAAAUCUAAAGAUCCGGAGGUGUUGUUCCAGUACGCGCAAUAUAUGUUACAAACGGCAUUGACUAUUGAAUCUUCAAAUGCUCUUGUUCAAGAUAGCGAUAAAGAAGGAAAUGUCAGUCAAUCUGACUUAAAACUCCAGUUUUUGAAAGAAGCGCAGGGCUAUUUGAAAAAACUGAGCAUAAAGGGUUAUUCAGAUGCUCAGUACUUACUAGCGGAUGGUUAUUCAUCCGGAGCAUUUGGAAAGAUUGAAAAUAAAGAAGCGUUUGUAUUAUUUCAAGCAGCUGCAAAGCAUGGUCAUAUAGAAAGUGCGUAUAGAGCAUCACACUGCUUAGAAGAAGGACUAGGAACAACAAGAGAUUCUCGUAAGUCAGUAAAUUUUUUGAAGUUUGCGGCUAGCAGAAAUCAUCCCUCAGCAAUGUAUAAAUUGGGGCUUUAUUCUUUCUACGGUAGAAUGGGUCUUCCAACUGACGUUAAUACUAAGUUGAACGGCGUAAAAUGGUUAUCAAGGGCUGCAGCAAGAGCUAAUGAAUUGACGGCCGCCGCACCAUAUGAGUUAGCUAAAAUUUAUCACGAGGGGUUCUUGGAUGUUGUCAUUCCCGAUGAGAAGUAUGCAAUGGAACUAUACAUUCAAGCAGCAAGUUUAGGGCAUGUUCCUUCAGCAACCUUAUUGGCACAAAUCUAUGAAACAGGUAAUGAUACAGUGGGGCAAGAUACAUCACUUUCUGUACAUUAUUACACUCAAGCAGCGUUAAAGGGUGAUCCAGUGGCAAUGUUGGGCUUAUGUGCAUGGUAUUUACUGGGAGCAGAACCUGCCUUUGAGAAAGAUGAAAAUGAGGCUUUUCAAUGGGCCUUGCGUGCAGCUAAUGCUGGUUUUCCAAAGGCCCAAUUUACUCUCGGCUACUUCUAUGAGCAUGGCAAAGGCUGUGAUCGUAAUAUGGAAUACGCCUGGAAGUGGUAUGAGAAAGCUGCAGGGAACGAGGAUAAGAGAGCGAUUAAUAAGCUAAGCUCCAGGGACGGUGGAUUGACCAGCACUAGCAAAAUGCAGCAUAAAAAAAAUAAAAGUAUCAGUACGUUGAAUUUAUUCUCUACUGUGGAUAGUCAAAUAAGCAACGGAGGAUCGAAUUCAAGAGUUUCUUCAAAAUCUGAAACAUUUUUUACUGGAAAUCCAAAACGUGAGCGUGAGCCGCAAGGUUUGCAAAUUACUAUGAAUUCAAACACGAAUAGAGAUAAUAUUAAAACGGGUUCUAAUGCAAGCAUCAGGAAAAGCUCUUCUGCGAAUGGAAUGUCACAGGAAGUUGCUGAGCAGUCGAUGGCGGCGAAGCAAGCCGUUAAUACAUUAAAUAUUGACAGCUCAAAUGCGAGCCGUAAAAAUUUUUCUGCAGUGAAAACUGAGCCAAAAAAACCUACGAGCUUAAAGAACAAGAAGGAUAAACAAAGUAAAAACAAAAAAGACUGUGUAAUUAUGUAG